GUUGCAAGGCUUUCCGUUAUUAGCGCACCGCCGUCUGCACCUGCCCACUCCGCUGUUGUGGUUGGAGCGCUGGGAGGGGUCACUAUUUCGCAGAGAACCGUAAGAGGAGGAGGCAUUUUUUUUCCGAGACGCCGACAGUAAAGCGUGCGGCGUGGGAUUCAGCACCACAAGAUCGAGGAAAGCGUCCGGAUAAGAGUCGGUCCUCACUCCUCACUCCUCGUCGUGGGUUUAACUGAACGGGAGAAGAACCAAAAAAAAAAACAACACCCUUUUAUUUUGGGAGGGAGUACGCACGGCUGCGCACAGUUUGUGGACCUGCAAGAGGUGUCAUUUCCAACGGUUUAAGAGACCAUGACGACCGCCACCUCCCCCAUCUUGCUGAAAUGGGACCCAAAGAGUCUUGAAAUCCGCACCUUGACUGUGGAGAGGCUUCUGGAGCCCCUGGUCACGCAGGUAACAACCCUGGUGAACACCAGCAACAAAGGGCCCUCCAGUAAGAAGAAGGGACGCUCUAAGAAGGCCCACGUCCUGGCCGUGUCCGUUGAGCAGGCGACCCAGAACUUCCUGGAAAAGGGUGAGCAGAUUGCCAAAGACAGCCAGGACCUGAAAGAGGAGCUCAUCGCUGCUGUGGAGGAUGUUCGCAAGCAAGGAGAGACGAUGCGCAUCGCCUCGUCGGAGUUCGCAGACGACCCGUGUUCCUCUGUGAAACGUGGCACCAUGGUGAGGGCCGCUCGCGCCCUCCUGUCUGCUGUCACCCGCCUGCUCAUCCUCGCCGACAUGGCCGAUGUCAUGAGGCUGCUGGCCCACCUCAAAAUAGUGGAGGAAUCCCUGGAGGGAGUGAAGAAUGCGACCAACGAGCAGGACCUGGCCAACCGCUUCAAGGAGUUUGGGAAGGAGAUGGUGAAGCUCAACUACGUGGCGGCCCGGAGACAGCAGGAGCUGAAAGACCCCCAGUGUCGAGAUGAGAUGGCGGCUGCGCGCGGCGCCCUCAAGAAAAAUGCCACCAUGCUGUACACGGCCUCACAGGCCUUCCUGCGCCACCCGGACGUGGCGGCCACACGUGCCAACCGAGACUACGUGUUCAAGCAGGUCCAGGAGGCCAUAGGAGGCAUAUCCAGCGCCGCUCAGGCCACCUCGCCCACCGACGAGAAGCACGGCCACGCCGGCAUCGGAGAGCUGGCUGCCGCCCUCAACGAAUUCGAUAACAAGAUCAUCCUGGACCCCCUGACUUUCAGCGAGGCUCGUUUCAGGCCCUCUCUGGAGGAGCGCUUGGAGAGCAUCAUCAGCGGCGCCGCCCUAAUGGCCGACUCUUCAUGCACACGUGACGACCGGCGCGAGCGCAUCGUGGCUGAGUGCAACGCUGUUCGGCAGGCCCUCCAAGACUUGUUGAGCGAGUACAUGAACAAUACUGGGAGGAAAGAGAAAGGCGACCCCCUGAACUCAGCCAUUGACAAAAUGACCAAAAAGACCAGGGACCUGCGCAGACAGCUGAGGAAGGCAGUGAUGGACCACAUCUCAGACUCUUUCCUCGAGACCAACGUCCCUCUGUUGGUGCUCAUUGAAGCAGCUAAGAGUGGAAACGAGAAGGAGGUCAAAGAGUACGCCCAGGUGUUCCGUGAACAUGCCAACAAGCUGGUGGAGGUAGCGAACCUGGCUUGCUCCAUCUCCAACAAUGAAGAAGGUGUGAAGUUAGUGCGAAUGGCAGCCACCCAAAUUGACAGCCUAUGUCCACAGGUUAUCAAUGCGGCGCUCACUCUGGCUGCGCGCCCCCAAAGCAAGGUGGCCCAGGACAACAUGGACGUCUUCAAGGACCAGUGGGAGAAGCAAGUGCGCAUCCUGACCGAGGCUGUGGAUGACAUCACCUCCGUGGACGACUUCCUCUCCGUGUCAGAGAACCACAUCCUUGAGGAUGUCAACAAAUGCGUUAUUGCUCUGCAAGAGGGAGACGUGGACACUCUUGACCGAACUGCUGGAGCCAUCCGUGGUCGAGCUGCCCGUGUGGUCCACAUCAUUAACGCAGAGAUGGAGAACUACGAACCCGGGGUCUACACCGAGCGUGUGCUGGAGUCCAUCAAGCUCCUAUCUGAGACUGUCAUGCCCCGUUUCGCUGAACAAGUGGAAGUGGCCAUCGAGGCGCUGAGUACGAACCCCCCGCAGGUCUUCGAGGAGAACGAGUUCAUCGACGCGUCCCGUCUGGUGUACGACGGCGUCCGUGACAUCAGGAAAGCCGUCCUCAUGAUAAGGACACCAGAGGAGCUGGAAGAUGACUCUGACUUCGAGCAGGAGGACUACGACACUCGCAGCAGGACCAGCGUCCAGACCGAAGACGACCAGCUCAUUGCCGGACAGAGCGCCCGGGCCAUCAUGGCGCAGCUUCCUCAGGAGGAGAAGGCGAAGAUUGCCGAGCAGGUGGAGAGCUUCAGACAGGAGAAGUGCAAGCUAGACGCAGAAGUCGCCAAGUGGGAUGACAACGGCAAUGACAUCAUUGUCCUGGCCAAGCAGAUGUGUAUGAUCAUGAUGGAGAUGACGGACUUCACCAGAGGCAAAGGCCCCCUGAAGAACUCCUCCGAUGUGAUCAACGCAGCUAAGAAGAUUGCCGAGGCCGGUUCCAGGAUGGACAAAUUGGCCCGCGCCGUUGCUGAUCAGUGUCCGGAUUCGGCGUGCAAACAGGAUCUGCUGGCCUACCUGCAGAGAAUCGCCCUGUACUGUCAUCAGCUCAACAUUUGCAGCAAGGUGAAAGCUGAGGUCCAGAAUCUGGGUGGAGAGCUCAUCGUGUCGGGGCUGGAUAGCGCCACCUCCUUGAUCCAGGCAGCCAAGAACCUAAUGAACGCCGUGGUGCUGACUGUAAAGGCAUCGUACGUAGCUUCCACCAAGUACCAGAAGGUGUACGGCACAGCGGCCGUUAACUCGCCCGUGGUGUCUUGGCGCAUGAAGGCCCCGGAGAAGAAGCCCCUGGUAAAACGGGAGAAGCCCGAAGAGUGCCAGACACGCGUACGACGAGGCUCCCAGAAGAAACACAUCUCUCCUGUCCAGGCCCUCAGCGAAUUCAAGGCCAUGGACUCCUUCUAAGAAGAAGAAAAAAAAACAAAAAAAAGAAGAAGAAGAAAUUAAAAAAUAAAAAUAAAAGUCACGCUUAAGAAAAACAGCAAAACACUACGGCGACAAGUUGAUGAAAAAGUCCCUUUUUACAUUGUGUUAACCCACCUCUGUUUGCCCUGUGUGUGCUUGGUGCAUCCUCAGGAGGACUGCAGUACAUAUUCAACGGCCGCAGCUGUGGCUCCUGUGAACUCUGUGGUCCUCGUUGCUCACGGACGGCCAGCACACACCCAACAGUAUUUAUCGAUCUUAUUGUAGCUUAAUAUGUGAGAGCCAAAACGCCACACAAACACGACUACUUUGAAAGUAUAGGAGUUAAAAAAAAAAGAAACAUAUCAGAGGAGGAAGAGUGGCUAUUCUGCCGAUUAUCAUUAACAUGCUACUGACUGUCCGCUUGUAUAAACACUUAAACUGUCUGAAUGGAAACCCUGAAUGGUUCAGUAGAGGAGUUAUUCUUAAGGGAAAGUAUCAGUGUCGGUAUGGUCCCUCUUGAUAUAUUUUAUUUCAAUUUGAAUGUUAACCUGUAGUGCUAGGAAUAACUUAUGUUUAAGAUACUGGAGAGUGUCAGCAUCCAAGUAGUUUCCUUGUUCCUGACGAUUAUGAUAAUAAUAAUAAUAAUAAUGAUAAUGAUGAUAAUGAUAAUCCAUAUGGUGUUUUAUGCCAAAGCACACUUAUGGUCUAUUGUAUUGCCUUUUUGAAUCCCUUUUAUUUAAUGAUUACAUCACUAACUAUGAUGACCCUGUUGGAAGUUGUGUAGCGUAUAAUAUAGACAGAGAGGUUUGACUAGUUGUGGUUUGCCCAGAGAAUAGAAAUCCCUGCAUACCUUUAUAUCCACCCUUCUCUAAUAAAUCCCCCAACUUGA